UUUAAGCAUCACCAGUUCAAUUUCCAAUGCGGCAACCCGGUUCCCGGCGUGAGCUGAUGCGAUCAAGUGUUCUCCAAUGGCAGUGGCUUGCUUUUCUUAUUAGAGAAUAGAGAGCGCUGUUGAAUCCAUUUCCACCUUAUGCGUUAAUGUGAUUUAAUUUCAAUAAAGCCUCCCUUCUUUUCUUUCUCCUCGGCGGCGGUCAUUUCUACACCAUGGCACUCCCUCGGGCUUGGAUGCCACUGAUGAGAUCAAUUGCUCGUUCAAGCAUACGAAAGGAAACCUCUUCCUAUCUGUUCAAGAGACAGAAUCUGCGGUACUACAGCUCAAAGAAAGGAUCCGAGCAGCAAUACGUGAUUUGGCGGCCCUAUCUUCGCCUCGCGAUCGGCGUUCCAUUUAUCGGCGCAUUGAUUUACUCUAUGAUAACGGAGAAUGUGACCGAGACCGAAGCUCCAACGAUUGCAGAAAUCGACGAGGCCUUGAAACGCCAGUCUAAGAUCAACGAAGCGUCUCCAAUGCGCUUGCGAAUGGAAAAAUUGAUCAAAGACCAACAGAAGAAGAUCACAGAAGAGCUGAGCAGAAUUGACGGUAAGGAUUUCCGCGCCGACACGUGGACACGCCCCAAUGGUGGCGGAGGAAUCUCGUGUGUGCUUCAAGAUGGAAAUGUUUUCGAAAAGGCCGGAGUGAACGUUUCGGUUGUAUAUGGUGAAUUGCCUCGACCAGCAAUUGAGAAAAUGCGUGCCGAUCACAAAUCAUUUGUUGGCUCAGACGUGGAAUCUUUGAGCUUCUUCGCUGCCGGUCUAUCGCUCGUGUUGCACCCUCAUAAUCCCAACGCACCAACGGUGCAUUUGAAUUACCGCUACUUUGAAACCUCUGAUCCAAAGGAUCCAAUCAAUGGAGAUAGAAACUGGUGGUUCGGCGGAGGUACCGAUUUAACUCCAUCUUAUCUUUUCCCCGAAGAUUGCACGCACUUCCACCAGACAAUCAAAGAAGCCUGCGAUCGCCACGAUUCCACCUACUACCCGAAAUUCAAGACCUGGUGCGAUAAAUACUUCUACAUUCCACAUCGAGGCGAAGCGAGAGGAGUCGGUGGUAUUUUCUUCGAUGACCUCGACGCCGACUUCCUACAAACAUCAUCGUCGUCUCAAAACCCGCAGGAGACUCUCUUCUCCUUCGUCAGCGAUGCUUUAGGUUCAUUCCUCCCUUCUUACGUCCCUAUUCUAGAGCGACGAAAGGACAUGCCUUACACGGAAAAACAGAAAGAGUGGCAACAGCUCCGACGAGGUCGAUACGUUGAAUUCAACCUGGUCUAUGACCGUGGUACUAGUUUCGGUCUACGAACCCCCAACGCUCGGGUGGAGAGUAUUCUGAUGAGCUUGCCUCGAACAGCGAGCUGGGUAUAUAUGGAUCCUGUUUCAGGAACAAGAACUGAGGCAGCUGCUGCCGAUGAGGGGCUAGUUGAUGUCGAAGAGACUGCUCGGGAACGGGAAUUAUUAGAUGUUCUAAAGCAUCCUCGGCAGUGGGCAUGAUUACGCCCUCUUUUGGUUUCGCAUUUAGCCGUGUUGCUGUUGGACUCUUGUAUCUCUUAAAAAAUUGUAUAUUAAUGGCACCUAGAUAUGUUCUUCAAUCUAACGAGGUAAUUACACGUAUGUAUAUAUU